AUGUCUAGGUUCAUGGAACCACUAAUUGUGGGGAGAGUUGUGGGAGAGGUGGUGGACAUUUUCACCCCAAGUCUUAGAAUGAAUGUAAUCUACAACUCUAAUAAGGAAGUUGCCAAUGGCCAUGAACUCAUGCCUUCUGUCAUUAUUUCUAAACCCCGCGUAGAUAUUGGUGGGGAGGACAUGAGGACUGCUUAUACACUAAUUAUGACAGACCCCGAUGCUCCAAGUCCUAGUGAUCCGUAUUUAAGGGAGCAUCUCCAUUGGAUGGUCACUGACAUUCCUGGCACCACUGAUGCUUCUUUUGGAAAAGAAACUGUGGGUUACGAGACUCCGAAGCCAGUUUUUGGAAUCCAUAGGUACGUGUUCCUCUUAUUCAAGCAGAGUGGGAGACAAACAGUAAGGACUCCAGCUACAAGAGACCAUUUCAACACAAGAAGAUUCUCAGAAGAAAAUGGUUUGGGUCUGCCAGUGGCUGCAGUGUACUUCAAUGCACAGAGAGAGACCGCUUCAAGAAGAAGAUAUGAUUCAAUAACAGGGAAAAAGUAAGAGGAAUGGGCAUUCCUGCAAUAUCGAAAAAGGUUGUUUUCAAUUUCCAUGUUGUGAGUAUAUUUAUGGGCACGUACGGUGUAGUUUUCCUUCUGCCUUUUGUAAGACGAGCUGUACUUGGUACUGUGCGUCCGUAUGUUCUCUACUACUAGGUUUUGGGAAUUGAUGGUCCCA